AUGUCAACAAAUAUAUUAAAAGAAGAUUUUCUUCAACCGACCACACUUCAAGAGGCUUUAAAUUUAAUAAAAUUUUUAACUACAACGCACAAGAAAGAAAUCGAUAACUUGAAGGAAUCGCAUGCAAAACAAGCUGCAAUUAUAAGAAAAUUGGAAGAAAACAGGAAAAAGGAAUUAGAUUUUCUCUCUAAGGAACUAUCAAAAUAUGAAAUUAACUUGGGUAUAAAAACAAAAAUUAUAAAUCAGCAACUGGCCGAAAAGGAUGAUAUUAUCCAACAACAAUUAAAAACUAUCGAAGAGCUCAAUAGUAGACUGAAAGUUCAAAAUGAAUUUUCCAUGCCCGAAAUAAUCAUAGAUUCAAAUUCUGAUUCAGGUGUAAAUGAAAAUAGCCCUAAAAUCGAAGAAAGUAAAAUUGAAACAAAAUCAACAAGAAAAUGCAGCAGACGAUUCGGUGAUCCUAUUGGCUUUUUACGUAGAGUUGAUUUUUCUCAAAUGAAAUAUAAGUCUUGUAAUCGAGAUGAGAAAAAGAAAGAAGAAAAGAAAAAUAACCUAGAAGUACCCGUUGUGAAUCGAAGAUUUUUUUCACGACAAAUAAGCAACGAUAGACCGAGCGAUGAUGAAAAAGUUGUUCAUGAUGAUUCGCUACUUUCUGAUAGUACUCUAGAGCCCACAGUUGUUAGGCCAAAGAAAUUAAACGUAAACAACCAUUUUUCCGACGAUGCAAGUGAUGAUAGCGAAGAAGUGUUCGAUAGAGUAAUGACUAGAAACAGUAUAAGAAGAUCAGUUAAAACAAAUCCGAAAUACAAAAAGAUCAAUAGAAAUAAAUCGAAAGGUCUAGAACAGGUGAAAAUUAAUAUGGUAGAUUAAAUACACAUAUAUAGUAUGUUCCUGGAAACAAAAUAGUUUUCGGAUUCGGUAUGCAUGUACGAAAGAACUUAUAGAAGGUAGAUUAUAUAAAGGAUAAAUACCAAGAUACCAACUUAAACUUCUGAAAAGUAUCUGAUUUAAGACGUAGAUAAAUAAAAUUUCACACAAAACAUUUAAAAAAUAAAAACUUUUUUUUA